AUGCUCGGUUGGGAUGCUGCUCCGAGACAGUGCACCUACGACUACCCGUUCACCACUGUCCGCGAGUACAUCGACUUCAUGCAGAAGCUCACCCGGUGGGGUGAGAGUGGCAACCGGGGUUUCAUUGGCCAUCUAGACUCUCGCGAGGUCGCCACCCUUCUUGUGCAAGCUGAGGCUAUCGAGGCUAGGCAGCAGUCUGUCUUCCGCCAGAUGCUUGGCCUCCACCCAAUGCCAAUCUGGUUCGCGCCUGGCAUUCCACAGAGCUGGCACUGGACUCUGCUCUCGCAGUACAUCUCGUCCUGCCCUGAGAACAACACCCGUGUUGCAUGGCAGAACUUCCCUAACCUUUACGUCGCGAACCAACCAAACACCAACCGCAUCAACGCAAACAACACCGAAGAAGACGAGCUCACAACGGGCAGCCGCACUGGCGACCCAUCGAAGUCCUCGAUCGUACCGGAUGACGACAAUUGCCUUCUGACCAACCAGACUGGCGAGUCUUGCGUUGCCGCCAUCUCGCAGAACCGCGAUAUCCCUCUCAGCUACCCAGGCAGACCGAUUGAGCUGACCUGGGACGCUCCUGGUAUCGCCACUGGACCCAACAACUCCUACGUUACUUCGACCACUGCCGGUGAGCCUCAGUUCGUAGCAUGGUUGGGCCAGUACAACCUGACCUACACGCCAUUGGAGAAGACUGGCAACGCCAGCGGUACGACUUACCAGCCUGCCGGUGAUGUCUUCCAGGGUGACCCAGCUCUGAACGGCACUGCAUUCAUCGCACUUACCGAUACCGAUCAGCUGUUUUUGACGCCGUUCAAUCUCAGCUUGAUUCACCCACACGUUGCCGCGCUUGGACUUUACCAGGCUGGUUAG